AUGCUGACACUCUUGUAUCAUGGUUCUACGUCCAACAUCUUCGAGUUUGGUGCGGAAAAAGUCCUGAAAGUACUUCGGCAGGUGCAACACGACGAGCAACUCAAUGCAGAGCGACUGAAAGGCCACGAAAUCGAAAUUGAGGUGUAUCGUAUCUUGGGAGAGCACAAAUACAUCUUACCUCAUUAUGGUAUUGAGACACUGGAAGGAUGCCAAGGGCUAGCACUUGCUAAAGCAGAUGGCUCUUUGCAAGACGUGCUAGACGGAAACCGGGGCUCUGCGUCAUUGGCUUGUCGCAGGCGAUGGUGUGUCCAAGCUGCGGAGGCGGUAGCGUACAUACACGAUCGCGGUGUCCUCCAUUCCGAUCUACGGCCCGACAAUUUCUUGGUGCGCGGAAGCGUCCUCCAGCUUAGUGACUUCAAUGGGGCCGUCUGUCGUACACACGGGCUAGAUGGACAGCAAUUGCCUGACGGUGGCUUCUGGAAUUUAGAAUGGGAGACGACUGUUCAUACCGACAUAUUUGCCCUGGGAUCCGUCGUCUAUAGCAUAUUGACCGAACACUGGCCCUUUUGCGAGCCUGGUCAGCUAGUCCGGACCAGUGCGGCAUAUGAGGAUGAAGUCAACGACCGGUUCAGCCGCGCUGUCUAUCCAGAGGUCGCCGGUUUAGAGGCUGGCGAUGUCAUUUUACGUUGUUGGAAGGGCCAGUAUGACAGUGCUCGAGAUAUUGCAAAGGCACUCAAGAUAGCAUUCAAGAACUCGACUGGAUAG